UCACCACCGCGGAGCAUCUCUCUCUCUCUCUCUCUCUCUCUCUCUCUCUUUCCUUUUAUUUUAUGCACCAGCUUCUUCAACUCCUCUCUCGCCAUCCAUCGUCUCCCUACCUGGAUAGCCCCUCCCUUUCUUUCUCUGCAAACCAUCGAGCCUCGUUCUUUCCAUAUGUUAUGGCUGGUCUGGAUCUAGGCACCGCUUCAAGGUACGCCCACCAUCUCUCCCACCGUCCCGGCCUUCACCUUCGGCACCACCACGACCCCGAGUCCGACGACCAGAACGAUGGCGGUGACAGCAGUAACAACGGGCACAGCCAAUUCCGCAGCUCUGACCGCGAGGGCUCGGCGACGGACCAACAGGGACUCGAGCCGGUUGCGGCAGGCUCCGGGCCCGGGGACGUCGUGGCCCGGCGACCCCGGGGAAGGCCACAGGGCUCCAAGAACAAGCCCAAGCCCCCGGUGAUCAUCACCCAGGAGAGCGCCAACACCCUCCGGGCACACAUCCUUGAGGUCGGGGCUGGGUGUGAUAUCGUCGAGUGCAUCGCGACGUACGCUCGCCGCCGGCUGCGCGGGAUCUGCGUCCUCAGUGGCAGCGGCACCGUCUCCAACGUCACCGUCCGCCAGCCGUCGACGGCCGGCUCCGUCGUCACUCUCCAUGGCCACUUCGAGAUCUUGUCGCUGUCGGGGUCCUUCCUCCCGCCGCCCGCUCCCCCUGGAGCUACUAGCCUCACCAUCUUCCUCGCAGGAGGCCAGGGGCAGGUCGUCGGUGGGAACGUCGUCGGUACGCUCUUCGCAGCAGGGCCAGUGAUCGUGAUCGCUGCCUCAUUCACCAACGUCGCCUACGAGCGGCUGCCGCUCGAGGAGGAGGAACCACCGCAGAUGCAGAUGCAGCCGCCAGACCCGCAAGGGUCGGGAGGAGACGGCGGGAGCGGGACCAGCGGUGCAGGCGGCAACACGUUCUCGGACCCGUCCGGACUCCCCUUCUAUAGCUUGCCGCUUAACAUGGCCAAUAGCCAGCUUCCGGUGGACGCGCACGGGUGGCCGGCGGGCGCGCCUGGUCGGUCCCUGUUCUGAUACGAAUGCUGCAAUCGCAAAUCGAAACGACUGCCAAAAGAGAUUUAUAAUUCCACGGGGAGAUGGAUGGCCGAAUCAUGGAUGACUCGAUGCUGCGGCGGGCAUGCAGCAGCAGCAGAAAAGGUUAGCAUGCAAAUCCAAAAAUUUCAGUGUACAAUUACUUUAUUUUUCUUUUAUUUUUCGUGUCUCGCUUUCUUAGAUUUUCCAUGUCGUCUUAUCUCCUCCUCAUUUUCUUUGCCUCAUUUCCUUCAGAUGUUGUUGUUGUUGUUGUUGUUGUUGUUCAUGGAAACUCUCUUUUCGUAAGCGGUAUUGGGUUUGAGACCACGGCACGGCCUUAUACAACACUUUUGUUCUUUGUUCUAUCAUCAGCAACUCCAUCGCUUCAUUUCUAAACAUAGAUAGCCCUCGAAACAUGUACUCGUUCCAUAUUUGGCUCUCCUACCUGAAGGGGAAAAAAGAGAGGAGAGAAACCGAACAACUGAUCGAGUCCUAUGACAACGAGGAGACAUGAAGAAAGUAGAACAACAAGCUCCUCCUCACCUUCUUCGAUCAGAACAACUACGAGGUUGGUCCCGAUAAAAUCUUUGCACAUUCGGAGUCCGUCGAUCGAGUUCACGCCACGUUUGGCUUCACAUUUACGAUCGGUUCCUUUUGUCUUCCUGCACUGAAUUAAGAAAUCAGAAAGAACACUGGUAGUGCCUAA